AUGAAACUUCCUCCUAAACUCAGAGAUCCUGGAAGUUUCACCAUUCCUAGUACUAUUGGGGGAAUAGAAGGGAUAAAUGCAUUGUGUGAUUUUGGAGAUAGCAUUAACUUGAUGCCUCUGUCAGUUUGUACAAGAUUGCAGUUGGGGAAAGCAAAGCCAACUAUAGUAACCUUGCCAUUGGCUUAUCGAUCUCUAGCUCAUCCCAGAGGAGUAAUCGAAGAUGUGUUAGUAAAAGUUGAUAAGUUUAUUUUUCCAGCUGAUUUUAUUGUUCUGGAUAUGGAAGAAGACAGCAAUGUCCCAAUUAUAUUGUGGAGACCAUUCUUGGCAACUGGCCAAGCGUUGAUUGAUGUUUAG